AUGGGCGGGCUCUUCUCGCGACCAGUGGGCGACGGUGAACUGCGUACGACGCUCUGCCCCGCCCGCCGUUUUUUGCUCUCUAUCACCUCUUUUGCCCGCUUUCCGCUCUCUUCCCCGAAACGCCACCAGUUCCAGUGCCACCACCAAUCGCGCUAUCACCGCAAGAACCGAUCUAGAGUGACCCCGUGUACCCGACGGUGCGGGCGGCGGGGGAGGGGGGCGCGCGGGCGGGGGUGGGUGCGCGAGUACGCGUUCGAGGACGCGCUGCACGCCACGGAGGGCUUCAAGGCGCUCGCAGGGCGCGGCCCGUUCGGGUUCGUGUACAAGGGCUUCAUGUGGGCGCACGCCGCGCGCGCGGAGGGGGACGGCACAGAGGGGGAGGGCGCAGAGGGCGCGGGCGCGCGCGCGCUGAUCCCGGUGGCGGUGAAGGUGCUGAACGGCGACCCCGUCACAGGCGUGGGGGGGCUGGCGACCUUCGCGCACGAGUGCGCGCUGGUGGAGGAGGAGGGGCGGCACGCCAGCCUGCUGCGCGUGCACGGGUAUGUGGCGCAGCGGCCGCCCAUCAUCAUCUGUGACUUCAUUGAAGGCGGCACUGUGGAGCAACUCAUGGCACGAGUGGCGCGGGGAGAGGUGCAGUUCGGGUGGAGGGAGAGAGUGCAGAUGGCGUUCACAUGUGCGGACGUGUUAGCUCAGCUGCACCGACUCAACCUCGUGCACCGCAACUUCAAAGCCUCCAACGUGCUGCUGCAACCCGACGGCACGCCAGUGGUGGCGGACUAUGGGUUGGCGCGGGUGGUGGCGGAUUGGAAGAUGCACGUGCAGAUGAGGGGCGCCUCCUCCAUGUCCUACAUCGACCCCGCCUACUUCGACUCCGGCACGUUGACGCGUCUAUCAGACACGUACGCGUUUGGCAUCUUCCUGCUCGAGCUCGUGUCGGGGGCAUCAGCGCAGGGCCCGCGCUUCAAGGCCGUGCGCAAGGCCGUGGCCGUGGCGCGCGAAGCAGACCCCGCGCAGGUGCUGGACCCGGCGCUGGCGGGGCAGUGGCAGCCCGCUGCCAGCGCCAUCGUGCUGGCGACCAUCCGCUCCGCCAUCCUGUACGAGCGCGACAACCGCCCCGACAUGGCCAUUCCCGCCACCAUGCCACUCUCCGCUCUCUCCGUCGCCCGCCCCCUCGUACCUGCCGCGGCUGCUUCCCCCGCAAGCGCCGCUCCUCCAGCGCGCGUUCAGUCCUGCGCUCUCCUCGCUAGUGACCGCCGCCUGCCCGCAUUUUUCCCGCUGCGCGCAGCAUUGCAUGCGCGCACAGCCCUCGCUAGCGCCCUCUCCCCCCACGACCAUGGAUGCACGUCGGGCCCACGCGGUCGCCGCCAGCGCGCGGCGCAGCAAGCCACUCAAGCAGCUCUCGCCGAUGGCCGCACGCUGCUGGAGGUGGAGUUCCCCACGGCCAGCCUUGACUCCGUGCCAGGCGAUGCGGAGGGCGGGAUAGAGAUGACCAACAGCAUGCGAAUGCUGCGCCAGUACUGCCUCAUGUUCGCCUCAAAAGGCCCCCCGCCCUCCUCCGUGCGCCUUUUCUUCCCGGACGCCAACGAGCUGCCGGCAGCGCAGGAGGUGUUUGAGGGCACGGCGUUCCCCCUGGACUGCCUGACCAAGCCCACGGGGCUGGAGGACAAUCGGCUUCUCGCGCAAGCUGCCCCUCGCUGA